AUGUUACUAAUAAGACAUUCAAAGCACACAAAUGGGAGUAAAUGUGUACGCAAGGCACAAAAUUUGAAAAUUGGUAACGAAAUUAAAGAGAAUCGCCAAGAAGUAUUUGAAAGUGAAUAUUACAUGGCAGAAAAGAGGCAAAAAGAGGGCAGAGGAGGUGAUACUUCAGAAUGGCCUUUUGCUCCUGCAGCUUUACCUCGUUUGCCGCAAAAUGACCAUUUCCUCUCUCCUGAUGCUCCAAAAUACCCGUUCAUUCUUUAA